AUGGACCGAAUAGGAAAUUUAGUGCUGCCAUUCAGUUUCAGCAAGAACCUACUGUCCUACUUCUUUUCUGGCAGUAGGAGUGUGUGUACUCUAAAUUCAGUUGCUGGUCCAGCUGCUAGCUAUCGUACUCUUCUUUCCUGGAUCGAAGACCAAGCCUGUGAUCCAGUAGCAGUAGAUGAAAAAGCAGACACAAUCACUUAUUUUGACAACAAUCAAAUUCUUGCCAGAAGCUGGCGUGUCAAUUAUGACAAUAAAGCAAUUCUUUCUGCUAUCACCACCAUUGUUCACUUCUUUCCAAAUACCCCAACCUUUCUACAAGAGAAUCAUCAUCUUUCUCCGAGGAAAUGGCUAUAUUCACAGUCAUUUAACACACUUUCCUCCAAUCUUUUGUCUUAUCUGGAAAGAUUUUCUGAUUUCUUUCGAUAUCUUCGAUCGAGUUUUAUUGAAAGCCGUCUCCAGAUCAUUUUGAAGCAGCAGAAGGAAGGUUUGACAGGCGCCACGGAUUUCAUCCAGGAAGCCAUCAGCCGCCGUAAAAGAGUGAAGGAAGAUGAGGAUACCCGCUCCAAAUCCAGGAUUCGUUACGAUCCUUAUGAUUUUGUACCACAUAAUCAUCAUGGCAAACCAACGAUUGUAAUGGGCAAUCCGGUUACUACAAACCCCUGUUCCUAUGAUGCUGUGAAAGAAGUCCUGACUAACAUCAAAGACUCGACAACAGGCGGUUGCAGAAGGUGGACUGUUAUUGGAUGCGAUGGCCUCCCUUAUCUUAUUGCUAGUAGGGUUAUAAGGGAGCACAGCGACCUUCAAGAUAUCCUUUUGCAGCCUGGCCUGGGUCACUUCGAAAUGAACAUGACCAAAGCUAUUAUAAAGCUCAUCUGGAACGUUGUUGGGGAGGAUCUGGCAAAGAUGCUAGGGUACAGAUCGCCCAAAGCGUUACAAGCUUGUAUGGAUGCAAAUGAUCACCAUAAGGCUUUCCAGUUUCUAGAAAUAUUGCUUUUUGGCACAGGGGAUGAAUUACUAUUGCCUUAUGUCAGGCAGUGUUUGAGCACUGAUGGCACACCGUCAGCUCAAGGAUACUUUGAAUGGUGUUGCAGAGUACAGGACCCCAAUUACAAAUUUCUUCAGGAGGUCAUUUUCACGUACACUCUAUCUGUUUACUUGUUUCGAGCUGGUGUUCGGAGGAACAAUUGUGAAGUAAUAAUGGCUGCAAGACUAAAAUUUGCACCAUUAUAUUUUGGCACCAACAAGUACAAUUACCAGCAGAUAGAAGUGUUAGACUCUUUGAUGAGAGUAUGUGCACCAGCCGAAGUGUCAAAAUUUAUAAAUGACAAUGAGUCUCUUACUCAAUCAGGACAUCCAAGUAAAGGUGAAGGAUGUGAUUUCAUCCUCGAGUCGAGAAAUAAAAUGACCAAAAAAUGGCUACCUCCAGGCGCGCCUAAGGAGAAGCACUGGAACCAAGCGUGUAGAAAUCUUGACAAACUAGAAAAGGUUCUGCAUGCUGGUGUUGUGGCACUGAUUGAUGCAGCUGGUGACCUCCGUCUUUUACAUUUACGGGGAGAAGGGGAGGAGGUUAAAGAUAUAGAAAAGGAUGUAGAAGGUUGUGGGGAGGGAUAA